GUUCAUGAAUCACCGUGUCCCAUCCAACUGCAGGUACCAGCCGACGGAGUACGAGCACGCAGCAAACUGUGCCACCCAUGCAUUCUGGAUCCUGCCCAGCAUCCUUGGCAGCUCCAUCCUCUAUAUCCUCUCCGAUGACCAGUGGGAAACCAUCUCAGCCUGGAUCUAUGGCUUUGGCUUGUCCAGCCUCUUCAUCGUCUCCACCAUCUUCCACACCAUCUCCUGGAAGAAGAGGCAUCUCAGGACCGUGGAGCACUGCUUGCACAUGUUUGACAGGAUGGUGAUCUACUUCUUCAUCGCGGCAUCAUACGCUCCCUGGCUGAACCUGCGGGAGUUGGGUCCCUGGGCCUCCCAUAUGCGGUGGAUCAUCUGGAUCAUGGCGUCUAUCGGGACCGUCUACGUUUUCUUCUUCCAUGAGCGGUACAAGCUGGUGGAGCUGGUGUGCUACGUUAUCAUGGGCUUCUUCCCUGCCUUGGUCAUUCUCUCCAUGCCCAACAGGGACGGCCUUCCGGAGCUGGUGGCUGGUGGACUCUCCUACUGCCUGGGCAUGGUCUUCUUCAAAAGCGACGGCCGCAUCCCCUUUGCCCAUGCCAUCUGGCACCUCUUUGUGGCCAUUGGAGCUGGCAUCCACUACUAUGCCAUUUGGAGGUACCUCUACCGGCCUGGCGCGCUGGAGGCUAAAACAUCCCGGUAG